AUUUUCAAAUAUUUGAGAGAAAAAGAUUGAGCGGCGCUGUUAUAGCGAGCAGAGGUGCGCUUGCAUUUGUUUCACUCUUUACUUGCAUUGGAUGCGCAGUUGCGAAACAUCGAAAGUAAAUGUCAAAUAAUAGAGAAUCGUGAAUAUAAAGCAAAUAUUAGAGCUCCGAAGUGCUCUUACUAUAUUUGUUAUAGUCAUAUAUAUUUAAGUAUAUUGAAGAAUUGAACCGAUGGCAAGCCCAGUUGUGCGAAAAUCGAACAAGGACGAAGUAAAUAAAGAAAUUGUCAGUAUGGAUGAAGUAGCUAAAGAUGCUAAAAAUUUUAUUGAACGCAUUCUUGGGGAUGUGAGCAAAACCUCAGCAACUAAACAAUUAGUCAUUGGUUCAUUAUCAGGAUGGACAACUGGAUUUGUUACUAUGAGGAUUGGUAAAUUGGCUGCUCUUGCCGUUGGCGGUGGUAUUUUAAUAUUACAAGUAGCUAACCACAAAGGGUACAUUUCUAUUGACUGGGAUAAAGUAACUAAAAAGGCUGAUAAGGUGACAGAUAAAAUUGAAGAGGCUGUUACUGGAGAAACUCCCAAAUUAAUGGAUAAAAUUGAGAGAUUUGUUGAUAGGAAAAUUGACAAAGCAGAGGAAUUGCUAAAGAAAAAUCAAAGAAAAGCCAAAAAAUGGUAUCACGGUCUUACAGGUGAAGAAGAAUUUAAAUUGCAAGAAAUACAUAUUUUUAUAGGAGCAUUUGCAGCUGGUGCUGCUUUGGGUAUUGCAGCUGCUUAGGAAAAGCACACAUUUUGAUGUAGUACUUGAUUUAUAUCUUGACUUUUUAACUUGCUAAUAUAUUCGAAUUAGUUUCACAUGUGCUUAUAUACUCAAUACUAGGCUAUCAAUUAAUGAAGGUUUUUUAAUUUGAAUGAAUAUUAGAUUCCUGAAAAUGCACAAAAAAUGUAAUUUG